AACGAAGCAAUAAAAGGCGCGAAUCGAAGGGGAACCGGAGAGACCAAAACCCUAAUUUCGCCGACGAGAAAAACCAUGCCGGAGCUUCCAGAGGUCGAGGCGGCGAGGAGAGCAAUAGAAGAAAAUUGUCUUGGAAAAAAGAUUAAGCGAGUCAUUAUCGCCGACGACAACAAAGUGAUCCAUGGAAUCUCGCCGUCCGAUUUCCAGACCUCAAUCCUCGGAAAAACCAUCAUCUCUGCUCGUAGAAAGGGCAAAAACCUCUGGCUCGAAUUAGAUUCCCCGCCAUUUCCUUCUUUUCAAUUCGGUAUGGCUGGUGCUAUUUAUAUCAAAGGCGUUGCAGUUACUAAGUAUAAGAGGUCUGCUGUAAAGGACUCAGAGGAGUGGCCAUCUAAGUAUUCAAAGUUCUUCGUCGAGCUUGAUGAUGGUCUGGAGCUUUCAUUUACUGAUAAGAGGAGAUUUGCCAAAGUUCGACUUCUAGCAAAUCCUACUUCUGUGAGUCCAAUAUCAGAGCUUGGUCCUGAUGCAUUGUUGGAGCCUAUGACAGUUGAUGAAUUUGCAGAAAGCUUAGCUAAAAAGAAAAUAACCAUAAAACCUCUCCUACUUGAUCAGGGAUAUAUUUCAGGUAUUGGGAAUUGGAUCGCUGAUGAAGUGCUGUACCAAGCCAGAAUCCACCCGUUGCAGACUGCUUCUAGCCUCUCCAAAGAGCAAUGUGAAGCUUUGCACACAUCCAUCAAAGAGGUCAUUCAACAUGCAGUUCAAGUCAAUGCUGAUAGCAAAGAGUUUCCUGUUGAAUGGUUGUUUCAUUUUCGGUGGGGGAAAAAAGCAGGGAAAGUUAAUGGUAAGCUUUCCCACCAUCUAUCUAUAAAUUUGAUGAAGCAGAAUUUGGGGUUUUGCAGGUGAUAGAAAAAGCUGUGGAAGUUGAUGCAGACAGUAGUCAGUUUCCUAGUUACUGGAUUUUUCAUAAUAGGGAAAAGAAGCCAGGAAAGGCCUUUGUUGAUGGUUUGAAUCCCACAUUUCACACUCAAACUCUUUAUCUACCUGCAAAAGUUCAUAAAACUGUUGGAUCUGUUGUUCUCUCAACUUCCAACUGCAGUUGUUAAUCCCCAUAAUAAUGGUUUAAACGUUAUGAGAGUGAAUCGUGAUGUAUCUGAUUUAUGUGGUAGGUAAUGAAUACUGUUUUGGUUAUUGCAGGGAAGAAGAUUGAUUUCAUUACUGCUGGUGGAAGGACAACAGCUUAUGUUCCAGAACUGCAGAAACUUUAUGGGAAAGACGCAGAGAAAGCAGCCAAGGUUAGACCGGCUAAACGAGGUGUGAAACCCAAAGAAGACGAUGGAGAUGGGGAAGAAGAUGAACAAGAAACUGAGAAAGAAGAUGAGAGUGCUAAAUCGAAGAAAGGACAGAAACCCAGAGGUGGUCGUGGUAAGAAGCCUGCAUCGAAGACAAAAACAGAAGAGAGCGACGAUGAUGGAGAUGAUAGCGAGGCUGAAGAAGAAGUUGUGAAACCCAAAGGCCGUGGUACAAAGCCUGCAAUAAAGAGGAAGUCUGAAGAGAAAGCUACUAGCCAAGCUGGUAAGAAGCCAAAAGGAAGAAAAAGUUGAGAACCUAUGUUUCCAAGAUGAUAGUUUUUGUGGGCAGCUAACAGUUAUCCCAUUUUUUUUGUAAGAAAGUAUGUUGGAAAUGUGGGAUGCCUACAAGGCUAUGUGAUAUUCUACUAUUAUUAGUUAUUUAGGCUGUUACAAGGCUUUGUGAUUACCUCUGUCCUUUUUUGUUGUAUUUGGAAGUCAGAAAAAUGCUCGGAGGGCAGCAACUACUUUC